AUGACACCCAGCCAAGUUAUCGAACUUAACAACUGUGCUGUUGCUCUCAUGAAGCAAGAGCACUACCGUGACGCUAUCGUCGCUACCUCGUUCGCUUUGAAACAUUAUCGCGAGCUCGAAAUGGCUCAAACUCUAUAUGCCACAACGAAUUCUUGUAAUGAUAGUGAUAGCAUCGAUCAAUGUAUGAUGCAAACCGAUGCCAGUGAAUCUCAAAAUGGUUCCACUGCCGGGGAAUACAUCUAUGAACAUGGCAUCCUGAUUCCUUCUGAUGCCCACGAGACGGUUAACAUUGCAGCAAUCCUCAUCUUCAAUUCUGCUUUGUCGCACCAACUCUUGGCACGAAAGCACCCGGGAGCCGUACCUCAAAACAUCCUUCUCAAAGCACAGCGACUUUACGAGCUUGCUUAUGAUUUACAAGACAGCGAAGAAAAUGUUCUUUUCAAGUUUGCAGUCAUCAACAAUACUGCGAUUAUUCACAAGGCUGUUGGCAACCAGGCAAUGUUGGAAGAAUGCCUUGACUUUCUAGUAUCUUUGAUGAUGCUGUUUGUCGAUCGCGGAUACAGUGUGCAGCUAAAGCACGUGCUAAACUUCCUCGCCAACCUGGACGCAAAUGCACCAAUAGCGCCCGCCGCAUGA